GAUGGUGUUCAGUAGGGCCGCGGUGGUGAGGCUCCUGGCCAGUGACUGCAAGUGUUACAGUAAUGACGCCCCUGAUGACAUGGUGCUGGGGAUGUGUCUCAAUGCUCUGGGGCUCUCUAUCACACAUAGCUCCCUCUUCCACCAGGUAAAACACUGGCCUUACCCAUUACCCUUAUGCCAGGAACCCACAGUUUGGAAUUUUAUUGGCACGAUUCAUGUGUCACAUACUAUUUUCAUGAUUGUUAUUUCAUGAUCGUACACGAAAAAUGGGAGCUCUAGAGUCGCUCAAUCUGGCAGGGUCAACAUUAGCGGAUUUACUGCACUUGUGAUUUCCCGACAACACAGACUUUUCUGUCGUUGUCGUUGCCCUGCAUUUUUCCUGCUGUGUGAACACUGCUACGAAGGAGAUUCCACGGCAAUAGGAACGCUGUAAGCUGGCAUGCACUGUAGAAAAGAUGAAGCAAUUGGUCCAUCUUUCUACACAGCAUGUUAUCUAACAUUUUCUACACCCUAAAUGACCAUUUCUAAGUAUCCGAUUUUAUUAACCACAUUGUAGGCCUACUAGAACACAGAUUAUGGCAGAUUUGACAAAUAAGCACUUUCUGCUAUUUUAAAAAGACAAAUUCUAAUCAAAGCAAAUGUAACUUAAUUUAUACAAGUGGUAAAGUGAGAACACCCUUCAGAUAGCAGAUCCUCAAGAUGUAUCAGCUGUUAUGUCGUAAAGUGGAGCACUUCCACUGCACGACAUAGCAAAGAGGUUUGGAUGAUCAAAAACGCACUGUGGGAGAGAGCCAUUACCUUAUACAUUAUUACCCAUUACCCUUACCUAAUACCAACUACCCUAACCCAUUACUGUUAUCUAAUAAGUUACCUAAGACCUAAUACUCUUUACCCAUUAUUCUUACCUGAUAAUACAACAUUUCACAGUACGUCAAUUUCACAGUUCAACAAUGGUUGUUGUAGCAAGGCUCAGGUAACAAAGAUACUAGACAAUAGCCAAUAUCCCUCCUUAGUUAACUCCUUACUUUCUCCUCAUCUCCUGGGGGACUGGUUCUCUCUGAUUGUACCAGUGUAUUUAAUAGCCCUGUUUAAUCGUAGCAAUUACAGCAGUCUCCUGUGGCUGAUGGUAAUGGAAGGUUUUGAAAGGAAUAGUUCACUCAAAUUACAAAAUAGCAAAUUGGUUUCCUUGCCCUGUAAGUAGUCUAUUAACAAGGUAAGCGAGGCAGGUAGCCUAGCGGUUAAGAGUGUUGGGCUAGUAAUCGAAAGGUCAUUGGUUCGAAUCCCCGAGCCGACUAGGCACUUAACCCUAAUUGCGCCUGUAAGUCACUCUGGAUAAGAGCGGCUGCUAAAUUACUCAAAUCUAAAUAAGAGAGCAAUCCAUGCUUUGGUUUUGUUUUCUAGCCACUGUCUCCAAAUGCUAACUUUUGAGCAUUUACUAACUUUUGAGCAUUUGUGACACAAAACCAAUGCAAGUCAAUAUCCUCGAUAUUAGCAUUUCAAUAAUUGUUCUGUCCCUCCAGGCUCGACCUGAAGACUACUCCAGAGACUUCCUAGCCCACCAGGUGCCCAUCUCCUUCCACAAACACUGGAACAUCGACCCCGUCGCCGUCUUCAACAGGUGGCUAAAGGACGAGUCGAGGUCAACAACCCCACACGGACUAAACAAGAGCACCAAAGAAGAGUUA